AUGUCUAACACGGUGAAUGCAGUGAACACCACGCGAAAGUUUAUAAAAUCACGUUUACUCAACGAUCGAUCCUCGUUUCACGGUUACGAUGCGGAAAGGCAACAUGUACGUGAUCUGCUCGAGCGGACUGCAGAGCAUGGUGAAUCGAAUAGCGCGUUGCUCUUAGGACCCCGAGGAAGUGGAAAAACAACCCUGGUAUCGUCCGUGCUGGUCGAGCUGUUGGUCAAAGAAUCCUUCCAUCGAAAUAGUUUGAUCGUGUACCUGAACGGUUUGAUCCACAUCGACGAUCGGCAGGCACUGAAAUCGGCCACCGCUCAAAUGAAUCUUGAAAACGCCGUCGAUGGGAAGGUGUUCGGGUCAUUUGCAGAGAACUUAGCCUUCCUGCUCGAAUGCCUCAAAGCCGGAGAUCGGAAGAAAUCGAAAAGUGUCAUAUUCCUGCUGGAAGAGUUUGAUCUCUUCUGCUCGCACCACAACCAAACACUUCUGUACAAUCUGUUUGACGUCGCACAGUCAGCCCAAGCUCCGAUCUGCGUGCUCGGCAUCACCGCACGCCUGGAUGUGGUCGAAUUGCUGGAGAAACGUGUCAAGUCUCGGUUCUCCCAUCGACAAAUAUUUCUACUACCACAGGAGGAUGAUUUCGACGGGCGUUUGGAGUUGUUUGCGGAUUUGCUGAAGCUGCCCACCGAAAAGGAUAUGCACCAAUUCCAAAAGACUCACCCUGCCAUUCCCAGUGAGGCACUUAGCAACGAUGAACUUAGUAUGUUAAGAAAUCUCUUCGAUCCGCAACGGUUUACAUUCACGGCGAAGUGGGUCACCCACUGGAACCGCCAUAUCGAUGCACUGGUAAAGAACGCCGCCGUUCAAACGGCGCUUCGCAACAUCUACGAUUAUGACGUGCAAGAGGGUCCCUUUCGACUGCUGCUGCUCGAGCUGGUGAGCAAUCUGGAUAAGAGCCAACCCGUCAUAACGGUCGAAUGGGUGCAGCAGCUCGGAAAGAGCUAUGAAUCGGACGACAAGGUGAAGCUCAUCGUUGGGUUAACGGUGCUCGAGAUCUGCCUGCUGAUUGCCAUCAAACACCACUCCGAGAUCUACGAUCGCGAUCCGUUCAACUUCCAGAUGAUCCUUACGCGCUACAGCAAGUUCGCUAAUGGCAGCUCAAGCAUGCAGGGUAUCGAGCGAUCGGUCGUGUUGAAGGCAUUUGAGCACCUGAAGCACCUGGAGUUCAUCACACCUAUCACCGGAGACGAUUUGUCGAAGGUACAGAAGGAGUACCAGUUGCACCGGUUGCUGCUUACGUACGGUCAAAUUGCCCAAGCCGUGCAGCGCAUGCAGUUUCUACCGACUGAGAUCAGCCAGUGGGCGCAAAGUUCGCUCGUGUGA